ACAAUCAGUCGACUUCUUACUGUCAGCAGAUCAUCUCCUCGUCUGAGAAAUGCAGCCGUGCUACAACUUUUUCGCGGUUUGUGUUCUUGCAGCUUUCGUCGCGAGCGCGAGCACUUCUAAUAGUGCCGAUGAAAGUAAAAAUGCGACAAAAACGACAACCCUGAAGCCAGAGACUGGUGUAACCGAAAAUUUUGAAGAGCCUGGAGAAAAAGAGCAUCCUGCGACCUCCGCUGCAAACUCCACGCAUGUUGACUUGCUUGCCUAUGUUCCUACACUUUCGGUAGAGGUACAAAAGGACGGCAUUGAUGUUCACAUCCGCAGGCCACAAAUCAGAAGGGAAUGGUGGAAUGGCCUGAAUGUUUGCAAGGAGAAAAAGGUGUCGAAAGGAACUAACAAUAAGGAGAAAGCGGAAGGUUCCUCAGCCUCAGUUUCGACCUUUGCUAUCGGCAAUAGCGAUGGAAUGCAAUCAGGAAUCGCCACCCAGUGCACCAACGACGGAGAAACCUACUCUUGCACCAUCACUCGAAUUGAAAAUGAUGAGGAGCACACCGAAACCACAACUUAUAAAUGCUGCGAUGGAUACAAGCAUUCUGACAACCCCAGAUUUGAUGGGAGAUGUGUGAGAGAUCUCAAAGGACGUUGAGAGGCGUGGACAUUUACAAAGCGCUAAUAGCAGCAAUUGAUAAAGUAGCAGGAACAUAAAAUUGUUAAUCUAGUGAAUAAAUAAUAAUUUAUUCUGGAA